AUGGCUUCUCAUCUAAAAGGUGUUGCAAAAUCAACUAUGUCAGAACAAAUACGUAAGGAGUUGUGCGAGUACAAGAGAGAUAAUCCUGCAAGCACACAAAAAGACUUGCAGAGAUGGCUUGAGGGAAAAUUUCAGUUGAAAGUUAGUCAAGGAACAAUAUCAAACACACUUAAGCGGUCAAAUGACUAUCUCUCUGCUGAAAUAGAAAAGGGAAGAGCGGAGAUCAAAAGACACAAACCAGCAAAAUAUCCUGACAUGGAGAAGGUUGUUUAUGAGUGGUUUCUACAGCAUCAAGAACGUGUGAAUAUCACAGGAGAAUUAAUUUUGCAGAAGGCAAGAGAUACAAUGAAACUCUUGUACCCUCAUGAUGAUUCAGAUUUUAACUUCUCUACAGGAUGGCUUGGGAAAUUCAAGCACCGACAUGGCAUAAAGUCAUUUCGUCGUUUUGUCGAGAGUGGGUCUGUUGAUGUACAAGACAUGGAGCAGAAAUUGGUAUCGAUUCGAGAGAAAAUUGAUCAGUUCCCUAUGAAAGAUGUUUUUAAUAUGGAUGAAACUGGGUUGUUUUAUAGGCUACAAGUUGAUCAUUCACUGGCAACAAAACAACUUGAAGGAAGAAAACAAGAUAAAGAAAGGCUGACGUAUCGAGCUAACAAAAAAGCAUGGAUGACUAGUGUGCUUUUUGAUGAAUAUGUUCGUUCAUUUGACCAAAUGAUGCAUGGUAGAAGAGUUCUACUUGUGGUGGAUAAUUGUCCAGCACAUCCAAGAAAUAUUGAAGGGCUAAGAAACGUUGAGUUGUUCUUCUUGCCACCCAACAUGACAUCAAAGAUUCAACCUUGA